AUACGAAAAUUUUCUCCGAUUUGAAUCAUGGGAAUCAUGUCAAAAGACCCAUUUGGGAACAUAAACAAACAUAUUUGAGAACUGUCAAAAGCAUAAUAAUUGUUGUUGUGUCAGAUACUCGAUAUUUUCUUACGUGAAUAUUUCUGUAGGAUUGCGGCAUUUAUUACACAUCAUGCGACACGCAAAGUUCCUCGCCCGGACGGUAUUGGUACAGAAUGGUAAUAUCGAGGAAGCAUGUCGAGUACUGAAUCGGAUUCUAGGCAAGGAGGACAUCCUGGAUCAAUUCCGACGCACGCGAUAUUAUGAGAAACCAUUCCAGACACGUCGCCGCGUGAACUUCGAAAAGUGCAAAGCAAUUUACAACGAGGAUAUGAAUCGGAAGAUCCAGUUUGUGCUACGCAAGAACAGGGUAGACCCGUUCCCGGCAUGCCACUGAGGAAAUUAUUGGGUCUAAAUAAAUAUAGUACUGUA